AUCUCCAAUCUCCUGCGAAGUCUUACCACCAGAUUUGGGGGUAUGGCUGAAGGGAUUUGUGAUCUUUCUCCUAAAAGAGCAUUAGUGGUGCUGUUGGUCCUGAUGUUGAGAAUAUGAGGAGGUCUGAGGUUCUGUCAGUGUUCCGGAUAAUCCCAAAAGUGUUCAGUGGGGUUGUGAAGGUCAGGUGGCUCUGUGAAGGACGUUGCAUUUUUUUAUUUAUUUUUUUUAUUCUAACUUUAACACAUCAUGUGUUGUUUUGUCUGAUUCCCAAUGGAUCUGUUUUUGUUUUAACCCGAUAGCAGCUGAUGAUCAGUUAACUGCCCAGAUCAACUAAAAGAUUUGUAAAAAAUAUGAUUCUUUUAAUGAUAAUGUAAUGGAAGGACCUGAACUUAAUAUCAAGGAAUUUUUUUUUCUUCCCUAGAGUAUUUUUUACAACAUGGGGAAAAUCAGCGGCCACCAAUUUUACCCCUUGCAAUUGUGUGACACUGUAAAAACAUUUCCAUGCUGCAUUCAGAUAGAGGCGCUGACUCAUUAGAGGCUGUAACACAGAAAUUCUGGAAACCCCCCUUUGUCAGAAACUUAUGAAUACGUGCACUCUGAGUGAGCAGCUUUAAAUCGGUGUAGACGUCGCCCCUUGAGCCGUAUUAUUAACAGCAGUGUCUACAGUGUGCUGUUUUAAAGGGAAAAAUAUCAAUCGUUACUUGCCGAGUGCAGCGUAUGCAAAGCUCCUCGAGUCACUGUUGUGAUGUGUAAAACGAGAUUAUGAAGCUCGUGGCCAGAAGAGUGUACAACAUGUGGCGGAGUCCUGCGGGUGAUGGGCGGAGCAUAAUAUGACUCUCUGAUUUCCUUUUUAGCCUUUUAUCCAGGAUCAUCUGAAGCCUUGUGUUUAUUGUGAAAACAGUAAAGAGGUAAAUGUAUCUGACCAACACGGUUCCACAGUCUUGUUUUUAUGCGCCAUCUUUUGACUUUCAGCUUCUACUCGAAUGAUUACGGCAGCAAUAACCAGUUUACAUUAAAACUUAGGAGUUUGGUGAAAUGUUGCUUUUCAAAAUAACGCACAAGAUACUUUCAAAUUUGUCGUUCGAAAACUCUUAGACUUAUUUCUCCAGGAGACUUUAACCGUUCCAAUGCGAUGUUGGAGCCGAGACUCGUUCGCUUCAUUAAAUGUCUUCGUUAUAGGUUUUAUUUGUUAACGCGUGCGUAGUAUGUAUAUUGGAUUAUGUGGAUUGUCUGCUGUACAAGUCCUUGUGUACAAGCUGUUGCUGUAGAAACAGCAGUCACAGACAGACGGACAGAUUGACAGCCAGACACUGCUAGCCAGCCAGACAGACACCUCCAGUUAGUCACAGACAGUGUUUUUACAACCUCAAUAUUUUCUAUCGAUCACGUUCGCAUUAACGAGGUGUGAAAUGGGAUUUUUUUGAUUUAUUCAGCUUCUUGCCUAAUUAUCUAUCAGUUCUGCACCUAUGCAUCAUGGUAAAACAGACAACCAGCUUGUACUGACAGGAUCGUAACAUUCCUAAAAACGAUGUCGCUGAAAGGUAAAGCCGCCCAUCACUUCGUAUUAAUAACGCGCACAGAAACACGCAACCGCUGCCAAGAGCCGACUGCGGCGGUAGAUCGAUGGCGCUGCCGCCAUAAACAAUGUCCUCACGUCCUCUGAUUAGCAGAGGAAGUGAUAAAGAAAGCUCAUUGAGCUCGGAGCAGACCCGCGACAAAAACCCUCGCUCCUCCAAAAGCUUCCAUGAAUUCUUAGCGCCCGUCAUUAGGUCAUCGCUCAUUCCAAACAAUCGCAUUGCCGCCGUGUCCAGCGAGAGGUGGAGUGUCCUUUAUUUACUGGAACGCCGGAGACCAGGUUCUGCUUUCUGCUUAGAUCUGCGCAACUCAUGUGUGUAGCCCCGGGAUCAAACAACCUCUUACAACAUUCUUUCUGCUGAAUGUAGUUUCCUGAAAAGGGAGACGGUCAAACUGCUAAACCCAAGGGUGUAUAAAUGCGCUGGCGUUUCUGUGUGUGUGUGUGUGUGUGUGUGUGUGUGUGUGUGUGUGUGUGUGUGUGUGUGUGUGUGUGUCUUGUGCAAGACAGCUCUUGGAUUGAUGUCUUAACUUCCUCCAUAAUCUCACUAUAAUAAAAAUAACCUGAUUUUGCUUAAGGGUUUUAUGGUUUCACACAAUCAAAAGUCCUGUUAUUGUCCAAAAUGUAGCUCUUUCUUCUGUUUAGACUUUUUUUUUCUGUUUAGUUGUUUACUUCAAGGUGCAGGUCUUGAUCAUGGGUAAAUGUAGGUUUUGAUCACAGCCUGGCGAGAAAUGAGGCGGACAUGCCAGAGGCUGGAAACAUACAUACUACUCAAAGAACUUUAAAGGCGUUCCAAAGUCCAAGUCAGCGGUUCAGUGGACUUAUGAUCAGACGGUCGUAAUUUCAAAUUUCAUCACUACCAAGUUAUUAGCAUUUGCUGGACCCUUGGUCAAGGCCGUAACUGCUCAGGGUCCAGGUCUGCAUCGAGACGAAGAGAAAUCGAGAGCAAGCGUGAUAGAGCAAAGCUCUUCUAGUGGAACGGGCUGCCUUGGGUCCUAGUGCCCCUGGUUUUAAGGUAAACUUCGGAGUGGAGUUCGUGAAGGAGCGCAACAUGGAGAAGGAGGACCUGAAGAUCGUUAAUAAGGGCUUGGAGGAUGAAAUGGAGCUGAGCGGGUACAGGCUGUGUCGUUGGAAGAUGGCCUUGGUGGGAUUGAGUGUGCUGUGCACAGGCGGCUUUCUGCUGCUGCUCCUUUACUGGCUGCCCGAGUGGUGCGUCAAGGCCACGUGCACCCGCACAAGCAUCCGCGAUGCCCAGGUGGUACUUCUCCGGAGCACCGACGAGUUUAAGCGCUGGUUUCUGGCUAAAGUGCGUGUGAUGCUGGCCCCAGGAAAGGACCCCUAUAGCAGCCUGGACUCGCAGAGCACCACCCACAUGGCCAAUGGCCAAACCCCCAACCCCUCCGACACUCCAGCCGAAGGUUUCAUCAGGAAAUACGCAGAGUACCAGCCUGUACAGAUCCGCUAUUUUACGCUCCACAGCACAAAGUACUACUGGAGCGACGCUGCCCAGAACUUCGAAGUGUUAACGGGUCUCGAGGAUUUGGAGCCCAGGUGUUCCAGCAUCCACUCAGAGCAUAGCGGAGGAAUCAGCCAAAACCAACAGGAGUACAGGAGACUGUUUUACGGGGUGAAUGAAAUAGCUGUGAAAGUGCCUUCCGUUUUCAAGCUGCUAGUCAAAGAGGUUCUCAACCCCUUUUACAUCUUCCAGCUCUUCAGUGUUAUCCUGUGGUGUGCUGAUGAAUACUACUACUACGCUAUGGCCAUAAUGUUAAUGUCAAUCAUAUCGAUAGCUACCUCUCUCUACACCAUCAAAAAGCAAUACAUCACUUUACAUGACAUGGUCGCGGCCCACAGUAUCGUUCGGGUAUCGGUGUGCAGAGACAAUAACCAGACCGAAGAAACUUUGUCUACAGACCUCGUCCCGGGGGACGUCAUGAUCAUCCCCAGUAACGGAACCAUCAUGACCUGUGAUGCAGUGCUGAUCAGUGGAACCUGCAUCGUCAACGAGAGCAUGCUUACAGGUGAAAGUGUGCCUGUCACAAAGACCAACCUGCCCAACCCACAUCAGGGAGACAAGUGUUCUGAGGAGGACGAGGUGUAUAAUUUAGAGGAGCAUAAGAGGCACACGUUGUUCUGCGGCACCAAUGUCAUCCAGACCCGCUUUUACUCAGGAGAGCUGGUUAAAGCUGUGGUGGUCAGGACUGGGUUCAGUACAGCCAAGGGACAGCUGAUUCGGAGCAUCUUAUACCCUAAACCCACAGACUUCAAGCUCUACAGAGAUGCCUACAUGUUCCUGCUUUGUCUCGUUGCAGUGGCUGGGAUUGGAUUUGUCUACUCGAUCGUGCUGAGUGUAAUGAAUGAGGUUCCAGCUAAAACCAUCAUCAUCGAGUCGCUGGACAUCAUCACCAUCACGGUGCCGCCCGCACUCCCCGCAGCGAUGACGGCGGGCAUCGUGUACGCGCAGCGGCGCCUCAAAAACCUGGGUAUCUUCUGCAUCAGCCCGCAGAGGAUCAACAUCUGUGGCCAGCUCAACCUGAUUUGUUUUGACAAGACAGGCACGCUCACUGAAGACGGCUUGGAUCUGUGGGGUGUGCAGAGAGUGGAGAACAGCAGUUUCCAUCACUCGGAGGAGAACGCCUAUAAAGAAAGCCUGGUCAAGUCUCACUUUGUGGCCUGCAUGGCCACGUGUCACUCUCUCACAAAGAUUGAGGGCCAACUCUCUGGAGACCCUCUGGACCUCAAGAUGUUUGAGGCCACUGGCUGGAUCCUGGAGGAGGCCACCGAAGAGGAGACUUCUCUCCACGAGCGCAUCAUGCCCACUGUGGUGCGCCCACCCAAACAGCUCCUUCCUGAAUCGUUGCCGUCUCAGGAGCAGGACAUGGAGCUGUACGAGUUGUCAGGAUCCUACGAGAUUGGAAUCGUGCGGCAGUUCCCCUUCUCCUCCGCAUUGCAAAGGAUGUGCGUGGUGGCUCGGCUGCUCGGCGAGAAGCGGAUGGACGCCUACCUCAAGGGGGCGCCCGAGGUCGUGGCGAGCCUAUGCAAGAAAGAGACCGUGCCGCAGGACUUCGCAGAGGUAUUGGAAGGCUACACCAAACAGGGUUUCCGCGUCAUCGCUCUGGCACACAGACGUCUGGAGUCCAAACUGACCUGGCAUAAAGUGCAGAACAUUGACAGGAGUCACAUAGAGACCAACAUGGACUUCUUGGGGUUGGUCAUUAUGCAGAACAAGCUAAAGCCCGAGACUCCCGGAGUGCUGGAUGUUCUCAGGCAGGCAAAUAUCCGCACUGUUAUGGUCACAGGUGACAACAUACUGACCGCUAUCUCCGUGGCCCGAGACUGCGGCAUGAUCCUGCCCCAGGACCGAGUCAUUAUUGCCGAUGCCCUGCCCCCUAGAGACGGCCAGGUGGCCAAGAUCAACUGGCACUAUGCAGACGACCCAAACAAGCUCGCCAACAAACCUGUCUUACUGGAGGAGGUGGGGAUGGGUGUCGAGGACUGGCCGGAUCAACACAAACCUGCGGAGAAGUUCCACUUCGCCAUGAACGGGAAAUCAUUCGCGGUCAUUACGGAACACUUCCAGGACCUGCUGCAGAAGCUGGUCCUACAUGGAACCGUUUUUGCAAGAAUGUCUCCAAAUCAGAAAACCCAGCUAGUGGAGGCUCUACAGAGUGUCGAUUACUACGUGGGAAUGUGUGGUGAUGGUGCCAACGACUGUGGGGCCUUGAAAAGAGCUCAUGGAGGCAUCUCUCUCUCUGAGCUGGAGGCCUCGGUGGCUUCCCCUUUUACUUCCAGAACUCCCAACAUCUCCUGUGUGCCCAACCUCAUCAGGGAAGGCAGAGCGGCUCUCAUUACAUCUUUCUGCGUGUUCAAGUUCAUGGCCCUCUACAGCAUCAUCCAGUACAUCAGUGUCACCCUGCUCUACUAUAUCCUCAGCAACCUUGGAGACUUCCAGUUUCUGUUUAUUGACAUUGCCAUCAUUCUUGUUGUUGUAUUCACCAUGAGUCUAAAUCCGGCAUGGAACGUUCUGGUUUCUCAGCGACCCCCCCCAGGUCUGAUCUCAGGGCCUCUGCUGUUCUCUGUACUCGCUCAAAUCCUCAUCUGCCUCGGCUUCCAGGCCCUCACCUUCACCCUGGUGCGGAACCAAGACUGGUAUGAGAUUUGGACGCCUCAGUCAGAUGCCUGCAAUACAUUCUCGCACAGCAAUCUUACAGAAAACUCCACAGAGGCUGACGACCACAACAUCCAAAACUAUGAGAACACUUCCCUGUUCUACGUCUCCUCCUUUCAGUACCUCAUCGUCGCCAUCGUGUUUUCCAAAGGAAAACCGUUCCGUCAGCCCAGUUAUAAAAACUGGCCCUUUCUGGUGUCUGUGCUCAUCCUCUACGCGUUCCUCUUAUUCAUCUUGUUCUUCCCUGUUUCCGAGAUCGAUGAGACCCUAGAGAUUGUGUGCGUCCCUUUCAGCUGGCGUAUCACCAUCUUGGUUAUCGUCCUGAGCAACGUCCUCGUGUCCGUUUUCAUGGAGACCUUCGUCCUUGACGUCGUCUUAUGGAAGCUUGUGUUCAGCCGAGACAAGCAGGGCAGCUAUGGUGUCUCCUCUGCAGCCCCGCCACCACAGGAAGGACUAGACAUGUGCACAUCCAAGUUCCCCCCAGGGACCUGUUGCCAGCGUCAGAUGGUCCCCAAGGCGCGCUACAUGCACCUGGCCCAGGAGCUCAGCGUCGACCCGGAUUGGCCACCCAAACCCAAAACCACCACCGAAGCCAAACCUCCGUCUCAGAUGGAACACAGCUCCUACCAAAUCAUUUCUUCUUCCUAGCACCCCCUAUCUCUUUGCCCUCUAUCACUAUAUCGCUCUCUCACACCAUCUCCAGCUUUAUGGUGCCCUCAUAUCGUGGAUCAUCAUAAACAGGACCACCGUCAGGACCUUUUUUGUUUUUUUAAAUGCUGCAUUCUCUAUAGAGACGCAAAGGAUAUUAUUAGCAUUAUUAUUUUUUGCAGUUGCGUCCUUUUUUCCCCACACCACGGGAAACUGUGGAAGACCCACCUACAGUAAUUAUCACGAUCAUCCGAUUGUACUUCAAGGAGCAACAGACUCCCGACUGAAACGGCUAGACGGACUCGAGCCACGAAUUUAUUACCCAACGGGCCGCAUGCUAAACGUCUCGGACAUCAGCGAAUCUGCAUGUGGAGCCAAUCGAACUGUAACGGCCUCGGCAACCAGUAUUUUGUAAAAAAAAAAAAAAAAGAAGAAAGAAAGAAAAGCGGUAUGAGGUUCUUUUUGUAUUUCUUCCCAUGGAAGAAUGGAGUCACGAUCGAGCAGUGGUGGGCAGAAGAAACUGCGCCGUAUAUCGGGGGAUUCUCAAAUCGCAGUCGCAUGAUUUUGUAUAUUUUUUUUUUUGCCUGCGAAUUCGCAAUCGCCCGGACAGUAUAUCAGCCAGUCGAAUGCCAGCCGAUGAAUUGAUGAUUAUCCCUGCGUGGUGUUCAGCACUUCUUUUUUUCUUUUUUUUUUUUUUAAACCUGUUCAUUUCAUUUCCAUAAAGCAAAAAUAUUCAAGGCUAUAAAACUGUUUCAGCA